CGUGAGUGUACAAGUAUGUCUGCCCCCAUAUUACAUGCGAUGUUUACCAGUCUGAAUUGAGAUAAUAUUUGCGACCAAGACGGUGUUAUUUAGUCGCACUUGUAACAUACUCAUAUUAUAUUUAUCGCAGCCAUUUUAUAAUGCAGAGUGACUAUAAAGUUGGCAGUAUAGCGUCGUUGUUAAGCUCUGGUAGAGGUGCCAAUGACAGUGGUGAAGCAACGAAGAUAGUAAAAAACAAAUCUAUACUAGGUCUAAGUAAAAGCGCUUUAAAUCACAAGGAGAAAAUCGCUUCAUUAGAGCUCUUUACAAAGAAAUUUCCAAAGCCAGCAAAAGUUAAUACUAAUAUACAAUCACCACCAAUAAAUGUAAGUGCUAAUAAAGUUCCAGAGGCCAGCAAAGCAGUUGAAAACGUAGCUCAUUGCAGUGAAAAGAAGACCAAAGCUAAGAGAAGAAAAGAGAAAACAGAAGCAAGAGUACUUGAAAGAGAGCGGCUGGUACUUGGAGAUCCAAGAGGAAUAGAGCCUCCUGCCAAAAAAUCAAAGGUGAAGGAAUCCAACGAGAAGGAAGCAAAUCUACCAGAUCGUGUGCCGCAUGUAGAUAGCGAUGAUGAUGGGCAGUCUCAGAACGAACCAAGAAAGAGAGGUGCAAAAGUGCAUAUCACUCCUAAACAGAAGGAGUUGCAAGAAGAGAAAAAUUUGCGAACGCUUUUCAUUGGAAAUCUUCCAAAGGAUACAAAAAAGGCAGAACUGAAGAAGCUGUUUAAGCAGUAUGGGCGCGUUGUGACGAUAAGGUUCAGGUCAUUGGCACCGUCUGAUCCUAGCAUGCCACUGAAGCUUGUUGCCAUAAAGGGAGCACUGCAUGAAAGCAGAAACACUGUCAAUGCAUAUAUAGAAUUCAGCACAGCGGAUGAUGCAAGUAAUGCCUUGGUACUGAAUGGGACCAUGUUUGGUAGCUGUUACAUCAGGUGUGAUCUGGCAGGCAGAGCAGGACAACAUGACCAUAAACACUCGAUCUUUGUUGGAAACCUACCCUUUGAUAUAGAAGAUGAUGCAUUGAGAGAGUUCUUUAAGGAGUGUGGAGACAUUCAGGGGAUUCGUGUUAUUCGCGACAGAAAAACUAGCAUUGGGAAAGGAUUUGGUUACCUUCUUUUCAAGAGUAUGGACAGUGUGACACUAGCAUUAAAACUGAAUGGGAGUCAGCUAGAUGGAAGGGAAUUGCGUAUAAGCCGUUCAGUGAAGAAGUCCAAACCAAAUGCCAACCGGGUCCAGCCACAGCAAACCGGCAGGUUAGCCAAGAAAGUGAAGGCAGGACAUCAUGAGGACCAGAAGCAAUCAUCACAAAGUGUUGGUCAGAAGGCGAAAAGGUUUAAGAAACAGCGUUCAUUCGCAACGAAUGCAGCGACUACUGUUGCUGCAUUCACCGAGAAUCAGAGUAAGGUUAAGAGGAAACUGAAAAAGAAGCAGCCAAGAAAGACUGUGAGGUCAACAGCAUUUCGAAUGUCUGGCAAGAAACAACCAUCUAAAGCAGGAAAACAAAAGCAUCAAAAGAAAUCUAGCAAACACACUUGAAUAGGGGUCCACACUCGUCAGAUGCAGAUAUAACAACGUAGUGUCACUUUCCUCAUUGUGUGGGUCUGAUGACUUACGAGUAACUGUUGAUGGCCACUGUCAUAUUCAAGAUCAACCUAUCUGACUAAGAUUCUGCUGACUGUGGGGAAGUUUGUGAAGCAACCAAACAGGCUUUCUGGUAAUCAGUGUAAUUUGCUUGGUGGCGGUCUCCUAGUUGUUGGUAGAACGACAUUUCCAACUUUCUCAAUUAUACCCACCAAUAACUGAAUAAGCAAUUUUUGAUAUUUGAAUCGCAAGAAUAAGCAAUGAAACCUAUUCGGGUCUGUAAGUCAACACUGGAAACUGAAGGGGUCUGUCACAAUUUGCACUGUGAUGCCAUGUAUUGUAAGAGCAGUGAGGUUAUAAAUAGAUAAUCUAACUUUGUUGACAGCGGGCUAUAACAUCAAACACAGUUUCCCUGAUAACUGUCUGCAUACAAAUAAUUAACUUUCACCUUUCUAUGUGACCAGAUUUUAUCUUCACUUUAUUAUCGACUUCAUUGCUAGUAUUUUUGUGUGACUUUAUUUCCUAGAGUUUCUCCUGUUUCUAGAUACAAGUGAGCAAUGUGAACGUACACUCAUCUAGCACUAAUAUAUAAAAUGGGUUGUGUUAAGUAUGUUGAGUUGAAUUGACAUUAACCUGCCAAUACUGGUUGGAAGACUGGUUAGCUUUCAGCGUUUCAUUCCUGCCGCCAAUUCGACAGACUAGCAGCUAGCUGUCAAACAUUAAAACGUGUGGUACAGUUUCUGCAGAUAUUGCUCUCACUUAAACAGCAUAGAAACAAAGUGUUGUUAACAUCCAGAAUUCAGGCCAACAUUAGAAUUGUUCUGCAAAUAUUUUAAUAUUAGUAACUGACAAGAAUAUAAUGUCCUUGUGACUUCUAAAUAAAAAUGGUGUUGUAUAUGUUGA